GGAGGAGGAGGGGGGGCGAGAGAGAGGCAAAGAGCGGCUCCAACUGUUGAAUUUUCGCUGAAUUCUCCACUUACCUGCGGGCGGCUGGUGAAAUGGAUCUGGUUUAUCGGGGAUCGGCGUUCAUUUCGCGUGCUGUGUGGCUAAGACUGGAGACCGUCUGUUUGAAAGGGGCCACCCAUCAAUGAGGCAGAGAAGAAUAUUCAUUUUUUCUUUUUCUUUUGAAAGCCUCUCUACCACAGGUUGCAGAAUUAACUGUGUACUUUGGGUCCGGACUCAAAUAAAGGAGAAAAAACAGUGCAGAACUGAGACUUGGAACUAGAUCUGUGAGAUAUGUAUUGGGAACCUAUGUUUUUUGUUGGUUUUGUUGGUUUUUUUCCUUUUAUUAUGAAAGAUUUCUGAUUUAUUUCACACAUAACACUGAGAAAAGGUGGUUAAAAACACUCAGCAAAGCAAGAGACAGACGCGCCUCUGUGCCAGUGAGUGGAUAACAGCCUUGUUUUCCUGAUCCUCAGUCUCCCGGAGAAAGAGAUGUUUUAGAGCAACAGGUUCAGGAACUUAAAAUACAGGGGUGGGGAGAGAGAAGAAAGAAAAAAAAAAAAAAGGGGAAAGAAAAACGCCACCAGAGGAGGAGGAAGAACAAACCCAGCGCAGGAGACGGAGAAGACGGGGAUAACCCUGGUCGCCGCCGCAACUGCUGCCACCCCCACCCCUGCUCGGGGAUGUACCUUUCCAUUUGUUGCUUCUUCCUCUGCUGGGCUCCCGCCCUGUCGCUGAAGAACCUGAAUUACUCGGUGCCGGAGGAGCAGGGAGCAGGCACGGUGAUCGGGAACAUCGGCCGCGAUGCGCGCUUGGCGGCGGGCACGGCGGGAGGCGGGGUGCUGCCCGCGGAGCGCGGCGCUCCCAGCGGUGGCCCCGGCCGCGGCCCCAAGUCCACCUUCCGGGUGCUAGAGAACUCAGCCCCACACCUCCUGGACGUGGACGGGGAGAGCGGGUUGCUCUACACCAAGCAGCGCAUCGACCGCGAGGCGCUGUGCCGGCGCAGCGCGAAGUGCCAGCUGUCCCUCGAGGUGUUCGCCAACGACCAGGAGAUCUGCAUGAUCAAGGUGGAGAUCCAGGACCUGAAUGACAACGCACCGGCAUUCCCCUCUGACCAAGUGGACAUGGACAUCUCAGAAAAUGCUGCACCGGGCACCCGCUUCCCCCUCACCAGCGCCCAUGAUCCAGAUGCUGGGGACAACGGGCUGCGCACCUACCUGCUCACUCGUGAUGACUACGGCCUCUUCUCCCUUGACGUAAAGUCCCGUGGUGAUGGCACAAAGUUUCCAGAGCUGGUGAUCCAGAAGCCAUUAGACCGUGAGGAGCAGAGUCACCACACCCUGAUACUGACAGCAUUGGAUGGUGGUGACCCACCACGCUCAGGCACAGUGCAAAUCAAUGUGCGCCUCAUUGACUCCAAUGACAACAGCCCCAUCUUUGAGGCAGCCUCCUAUGUCGUAGAGCUUCCAGAAAAUGCACCACUGGGCACUGCCGUCAUUGACCUUAAUGCCACUGAUGCUGAUGAGGGUACCAACGGAGAGGUGCUCUACUCCUUCAGUGGCUAUGCGCCUGAUCGUGUCCGUGACUUGUUUAGCAUUGACCCUCAGAGUGGCCUCAUCCGAGUCAAGGGCAACUUGGACUAUGAGGAGAGUGGCCUCAUUGAGAUUGAUGUCCAGGCUCGAGACCUGGGGCCUAAUCCUAUCCCUGCUCACUGCAAGGUCACUGUCCGCCUCAUCGACCGCAAUGACAAUGCCCCCACGAUUGGUUUUGUCUCCGUUCGCCAGGGAGCCCUGAGUGAGGCUGCCCCACCGGGCACUGUCAUCGCCCUGGUGCGGGUAACUGACCGUGACUCAGGCAAGAACGGGCAGCUCCAGUGCCGGGUGCUGGGUGGUGGUGGUGGGCCCGGAGCAGUCCCUUUUACCCUGGAGGAGAACUAUGACAACUUCUACACUGUAGUCACUGACCGGCCCCUGGAUCGCGAGGCACAGGAUGAGUACAAUGUGACCAUUGUGGCACGUGAUGGGGGCAACCCCCCACUGAACUCCACCAAAUCAUUUUCUGUCCGGAUCCUUGACGAGAAUGACAAUCCUCCCCGCUUCAGCAAGAACCUUUAUGUGUUACAGGUGCCUGAGAACAACAUUCCUGGAGAGUACCUAGGCUCCGUCCUGGCCCAGGACCCUGAUUUGGGCCAAAAUGGGACAGUCUCAUACUCCAUUUUGCCCAGCCAUGUGGGUGAUGUCUCCAUCUACACCUAUGUCUCUGUCAACCCCACCAAUGGUGCUAUCUAUGCCCUGAGGAGCUUCAACUAUGAACAGACAAAGCACUUUGAGUUUCGUGUACUGGCCAAAGACUCGGGUUCACCCCACCGUGAAAGCAACGCCACAGUGCGUGUCACCGUGCUUGAUGUCAAUGACAAUGCACCCCUCAUCGUCUUGCCCGCUCUCAUCAAUGACACCGCUGAGCUGCAGGUGCCACGCAAUGCUGGGGUGGGCUACCCCGUGGGCACUGUACGUGCCCUGGACAGUGACUUUGGGGAGAGCGGUCGCCUUACAUAUGAAAUUGUGGAAGGCAACGAGGAGCACCUCUUUGAGAUGGACCCCACUAGUGGUGAGAUACGCACCUUGCACCCCUACUGGGAGGAGCUCAGCCCCGUAGCUGAACUGGUGGUAAAAGUCAGUGACCAUGGCAAGCCCAGCCUCUCAGCGGUGGCCAAGCUCAUUGUCAGGGCCUUGGCGGGGCCCCUGCCUGAGGCUGGAGAGCCACAGGUGAAUGGUGAGCAGCAUCGGCGACCACACUGGGACUUGUCACUGCCCCUGAUUGUGACACUCAGCACUGUCUCCAUCAUCUUGCUGGCUGCCAUGAUCACUAUUGCAGUGAAGUGCAAGCGAGAGAACAAGGAGAUCCGCACCUAUAAUUGUCGCAUUGCUGAGUAUAGCCACCCUCAGCUGGGAGGAGGGGGAGGCAGUGGCGGGGGAGGAGGAGGCAGUGGCAGUGGAGGGGGCAAGGGCAAGAAGAAGAAGAUCAGCAAGAAUGACAUUAUGCUGGUGCCCAGUGAGGGCGAGGACAGCCGGGGCCCCCUCAAUGUCAUGAACGUGGUGAGCAGCCCAUCCCUGGCCACCUCACCCAUGUACUUUGACUACCAGACCCGCCUGCCCCUCAGCUCUCCCAGGUCAGAGGUGAUGUACCUGAAGCCCGCCUCCAACAACCUGACUGUACCCCAGGGACAUGUGGGUUGCCACACCAGCUUCACAGGGCAAGGGACUAACGCCAGCGAGGCUCCUCCGAGCCGGAUGUCCAUAAUUCAGACAGACAAUUUUCCCGCAGAGCCCAAUUACAUGGGCAGCAGGCAGCAGUUUGUUCAAAGUAGCUCCACGUUCAAGGAUCCAGAAAGAGCCAGCUUGAGGGACAGCGGGCAUGGGGACAGUGAUCAGGCUGACAGUGACCAAGACACUAACAAAGGCUCCUGCUGUGACAUGUCUGUUAGGGAGGCACUCAAGAUGAAAACUACUUCAACUAAAAGCCAGCCACUUGAACAAGAACAGCAAGGCAGAGGCCAAAGACCCAUUGUUGGGAUCUGUGGACCAGCCCGCUGUGAGGAUGGAAAAUUUGCAGAGCAAGAAGAAUGUGUUAACUGCACAGAUGAAUGCAGAGUGCUUGGUCAUUCUGACAGGUGUUGGAUGCCACAGUUCCCUGCAGCCAGUCAGGCUGAGAAUGCAGAUUAUCGCACAAAUCUCUUUGUACCCACAGUUGAAGCUAAUGUUGAGACUGAGACAUAUGAAACUGUGAAUCCCACCGGGAAAAAGACUUUUUGUACAUUUGGGAAAGACAAGAGAGAGCACACUAUUCUUAUUGCCAAUGUUAAACCUUACUUAAAAGCCAAACGUGCCCUGAGUCCUCUACUUCAGGAGGUUCCCUCAGCAUCGAGCAGCCCAACCAAGACAUGCAUUGAGCCUUGCACCUCAACAAAAGGACCACUGGAUGGUUGUGAAGUGAAAUCAGGAGCCUUGGCUGAGCCAAACAGCCAGUACUUGUCAACUGACAGUCAGUAUCUAUCGCCUAGUAAACAGUCAAAAGACGCUCCCUUCGUUGCAUCAGAUCAGAUGGCUAGGGCCUUUGCAGAUGUGCACUCCCGAGUGAGCCGAGACUCGAGCGAGAUGGACUCUGUUCUGGAGCAGUUAGACCGCUCGGCCCGGGAUCUAGGCAGGGAGUCGGUGGAUGCAGAGGAAGUUGUGAGAGAAAUAGACAAGCUCUUGCAGGACUGUCGGGGAAGUGACCCUGUGGCCGUCAGGAAGUGAGGGGGAAAAUAAGGACAGGAUGGCAGUUACAUUCCUCUUCUGCUGAUUAAAAGUAACUAACUAAAUAAAUCCCCUGGUUGUAACAGUUUUACAGGAAUGAAGGAAGACCAAUGCUGCUUUAAGGCUUUUAGUGAACAUCUGAAGUGCCCACAAGUAUGUUCUUUUCACUGCUCUUUCUUUUUGACAGAUAACACUGGUUUCUUUUUGACCUUUCAUUAGGACAGAGUCAAGUACGCUAAGAACGAAAGGAAAGAAGGAAAGACGGUGCCAUUUUGACAAUCUGACAGGAAGGUUUGGGAAAGAUGGACUGGAAAUACGUCUGAUACUUUAAGACUGUCCUCAAUAGCUGAUGCUGACUUUACUGUUUACGUAUAAACCCCAAGAAAACAGGGUUGAAUAAUUCCGAUCUGUGGUGUGGAUUUCCAGCAGUCACCACAGGCUUCUACUGAAAGUCCUGAAAAGAGUUCUUGUAGUAGUCCAAGUGACACCAAACAUUAACAUUCAUUUGUGGUAAACAUUUAUGUACAAAGUUACCUGCCACAAAUAGGAAAAAAAAAAAGAGAAAAAAAAGAAAAAAAAAAGAAAAAAGAAAAAAAAGAAAUAAAGAAGAAGAAGAAAAAAGCAACAAUAAACCAACAACAACAAAAAAAAAUCAUUCCAGAUCAUUAUCCAACAAAACAUAUCCUGAUCAUUAAUAAAACACUUCAUACCAUGUUAAGGUUAAAUGUAAAAUGAUAGAGUCCAUCUUGUCCUGCACACACAUAAACUAAUUCACUUGAUAAAAAUGAACAAAAAAAAAUAAGAAGAAUAAUAUCUGUUUAGCAUUUUAGUGUCCAACAAACCUAUAAAUACUUAGCAGUAAGCUUAAAAAUAAAUAAAUAAACAAAACAAAGUUUGGAAAAAAAAAAGUUACCUUUCAAAGGUAAUGCACAAAAGAAAUUAACGUUAUUAACACUUUUUUUCUUUUUUUUUUUUUUAAUUCAUUUGUGGACACUAAAAUAGCUCAGGAAAGUCAAAAUGUCUUAGACAUCCACAAAUAAAAAGAAAAUAAAAACCACAUGAUCAUUUAAAUGUGCAAAUGUAAGAAGAUUCAGUGUGUUUACAUCAAAUGACAUAUUUUUAUUGAUUUAUUGCAGAUUCAGUGCAUAUGAGCCAAAUUGUUGAGUGUAUAAGAGCUAUAUUGUGUAUUUUAUUAAAUUAAUAUAUAGUUGUGUUGCAAAAAUAUUUGGGCUUAUAUUGUAAAUGGCAAGUGUUGCCUCGGUAGCUGUCGAACUCUAUGAGUUUUGUUUUCUCCUGCUUCCUUUUCCCCAUGGAUUGUGGGAAGCAGCGCCUCAGAGCAAAGUCUCUUGUUUAAUGUAUGGUCUAUGAAGUACUGCAGUACAUAAUCUGUUCAAAAUGUGUUUGAGUGAGCUGAUGGAGCUAACCGAACAGCCUACAAAUACAUCCAUCAGUCAUGGUGAAGUGCAAGUCCUUUUAGAAGAUUUUAGUACAAACCCAUGUUGAAUGACAAAAAUUACGCUCCAACCAACAUCUGGAAUCUCCUGGGCUGUUUUGUUGUGUUGGUUUGGGUUGGUUGUGUGGUUGGUUUGGUUUGUUUUUAGUUUUUCUUUCCCAAAUACAUGCAGCCAAACUGUUUAAUGUAGGAUAUUUGAUUAGCUUCUUAAGAGAUGCCACCAUUGUCAAAGUUUUGCUGCUAAGUUCAUAGAGCUGGACAAGCUGUUACAGCCAGUGUGGCACAGGCAGUGCUUGAGCUGAUUCUUCAGCGCGUGUGGUUGCUUGCUGUAAUUCUGGACGUACGCUGCUUCUUUGCAGAGUGUUCUUAGCUUGGUUUUCAUCUGUUCUGAAAUGUAUUUGAAGAAAAACUGGGAUGCAGUUUCUACUUUCAGCUUUUCCAGGGGUGUUUUUUAUUGCAUUUGAAAAAAAAAAAAAAUCAAAAUUGCCAUCAGAUGAAAGUUAAAAACCAAUUCACAUUUAAGAUGAACUUGCACAAAAUAAGAAGCAGCGGCAAACUAAAAUGUUUAGCUCAGGAUUUUUCCCUCAUAUACUUCAGCUAUUCUGUGAGAAAUACCACUGUGGCACAUUGUUCUGAAAUGAUACAUUUGGUUUAUUAAAUUUAAUGUGGAUUAUACAAACAUAUACAAAAAGAGGCUGACAAUCUCAAAUCCAUCAUUUUCAUGAAUCCAAGAAAGGAAGUUGACCCAACAGCCUAUUUUGACGUUGGGAUUGCUGUUAAAUUAUGAUCUUAGCUAGUCAGUCCUACAAUGAAUUGCCUUUGGGAGACAACCAUUCUAAUAAUUUGCCUCUGGCUCCUCCUGUUAGAAAAAGUCUACAUGUGGAAAAAAAGAAAAAGGAUCUUGCACAUGUUUUAUCAAGCUACUCUCCAUGUUUUGGACAAUUUAUGUAUCUAAAAUGUGGUGUUGUCUGUGUUAUAUAAUUAAUUUUUUUGUUUGUUUGUUUGUUUGUUUUUGGCCAGGAGACCCGAGAUUGGUUUUGCUUGAUAGCUUGAUAGCUUGAAAUUCCAUAGUGGAGAGGAUUACUUAUUGUUUGAUCAGUCUCUUAUACGUAUUUCCAUGGUGCCCAUCACUUCAGUGUCUGUGCACCAAGUCUUUAGCUCUGCCGGUGAGAUCCAUUAUUCAGCAAAAUCUAAGCCAGUAUGUAAAUGCAGUCAAGUGAUGGAGAUUUGUGUAUUUUAUAAAUGAUCUUAACACUGAGUAACCAAUUGUACAAUUCAUUGUAUGUUUCUAAAGACAUAAACCCACGAUAUUCCGAGAAAGGGCUGUGCCAAUAUAAGAGGAAUUUACCUUAAGGCUCUCUGUCACUAGUGAUUUACUAGCUUUAGCUGUUUAACACAUUAUCUGUACUUAGUAGUGAUUAUUUAUUUACCACUCUGAGGUAAUUCAGGAUUCAUGACUCACAGCUUUAUACAAGAGUUUAGGAAAUCUUGCUUUUAUUUAAUUUGGCUGACAACUGCCUUGCGUUUUAGAUCUCUGGCAUACUGCUUCCAAUAGGGAAGCAAGCUGAAGUAUGUUUCACAGUGCUGAACCAAUAAACCAGCAGAGCUUAUACAUUGGCAGUUUUGCUGGUUUACUCCAAAUUAACAUGAGUGUGUGUGAAGGAAGUACUACACACAAAUGCAUGAAAAAGGAAAUUUGUCUCCAUGGUAUCUCUACUGUCACCACUAGAGAAAGAGGCAGUGAUGAAAGACAUAGGUUAAUAGUUUUUCCUCAUUCCUUACACACAUAUUUCACAAAACUGAAAAAAAUCUGUAUCUGUCCAGUGUGCAUAGCAAAUAAGGCAUUCUCACUCUCCCUCUCUCUCUCUCUCUCUCUCCAUAUAUAUAUGUGUAUAUACAUAUAUACAUACACAUAUAUAUACACAUAUCUAUAUAUAUAGAGACAGAUAUAUCUAUAGAUAUAGAUAUAUGUAUAUAUAGAUAUAUAUAAAUGAAAGCCAGCAUCUGGGAGUUCCUUAAACAAUAGGCCAAGCAAAGUAAGAGUCAACAUCAGACCUUUCUUUAACUCAUGUGUGUUUUUUAACUUGGCAUAUUUAUCAGCGAAGAGAUUGUCCUGAACUGUGUUUUGCCACUUGAAAAUAUGUUUCCAAGUUACCUCUAGGAGUGAAACAUUGCUUACAAUGGAGCAAGAUACGUUGUUCAAACAAACUUUUUGAGCUGCGUGCUGCCCGAUGGAAGGGAAAUUGCUGAGGUCAACAAGGAGUCGAAGCCUAGCAUAAUAUAGGCCCACUCAUUAUUGUUUAAUGACUUUCUUUUGACAUUAGGCAGUGAUAUUAUUGCAUCCAUUCAAAUGGGAGUUUUAGCUAUCAAGAUUUGUCGAUUUGAAGUGUAAUUGAAUGAAAUCUGGUUAAGGUUUUGACUUCUCUGGCCCAAUUGUGAUACAGGUUGGCAUUCACAUUUAUCAGCCCCUGUCUACCCAUAUGGCUCAAAGUUGCACCAAUGACUGGUGAAUAACACAACAAAAAAACCCCAAACAAAAGCAGCAUACAUUGUAUGGAUUAUCUCAACCGCUAUCGUUUAAUGGCUGUGUUUAAUGUGACCUAUCUGGAAAAUGAGGACUACGAAUAAAAAGCAAUUACUAAUAGUGAUAUUGCCUGCUUUUUGCAUUCAUUAACACAGAAGAAAUGUGUUAAACACUGCAUACCACAGGGAGCUUGAUGGUAAUUACUUUGGAAAAGCAACUUGUGGCAGUGCAACUGUUGCAGCUAGUUAUCAGUUUGCCAAAAAAAUGGCAGUUCCUGCUUCAUUUAUUAGAAAUGUGUAACUGUUUUCUCUCAACAGGAAGGUGGUAAAGAUCUUCCACCAAGCUGGGUAGUCUUAUCUUUUAAGCAGUUGAAUGUGCUGAGUCCCUGUUAUUUGCUUAUAGAAAUAUAGAACUGAAUAAAGGAUGGCACACUGGCAUGAGUUGACCAAAAACGUUAUAAAUGUACAAGUUCUCAAAGUCUAUCAGCCAACUUGCAAGGUAAAAACACUGCUCGAGCAACCAAGUGGAGAAAAUAAAUCUAACAAAUGGAAAGGGUUAGGAUUUUUUUUUCCCAAUGUGUCUUCUUUAGGAGCCUGAGUAAUAAAGGUCAAUAAUUUUAUUCACGUUGAUGUAAACAACAUGAUAAAAUGCUGAGGAAAUGUGAGUAAAUUCUUUGUCUCGUUGUUAUAAUUUAA